CUGACAGUUUUAACACAUGCUUCUGCAGCACAGAAUAAUGUAACUCCACUGCAUUUAUAUGAUAAAACAUAUCAGGAUUUUAAAAGAACAGAUAAACUACUAUCAACAUAUAGUGCAUUCUAUGUAGUGCAAAGCACAGGGCUUUGUUCCCAAAUCUAAUGGCAAAAAGUUUAAGUUAUAUUGGUUUUGCUAUGUUUCAGUGACACAACGGAUUUCGGUAACGGGGGAGGAUCCACUGCAACAUGAGGCUCACCUACUCUCUGCUGGUCAUGGGAAUGUUCUGCCUGACACCUUCCCUCUGCCAUAGCCAGAUUGAUCCACUGGCUCUUGGGCGAGCAGACCCUCAGUGCUGGGAAUCCUCCUCAGCUGUCUUACUGGAGAUGAGGAAGCCUCACAUUUCUGACUCUGUCAGUGGCUUUUGGGACUUCAUGAUCUUCCUGAAAUCAUCAGAAAACUUGAAACAUGGGGCUCUGUUCUGGGACCUGGCUCAGCUAUUCUGGGAUAUCUAUGUGGACUGUGUGCUUUCCAGAACCCACGGCCUAGGAAGAAGACAGCUUGCAGAAGCUCAACAGAGGAUCACUACCCUGGCUUCUCAGUUCACAGGGAGAAACCAAGGGAUGUUCACUCAUAUUCAGAGGUCACCAGUUCUGAGGAAGAGAGACUUGUUUGAAGAUUUAAUAAAAAAACACAAGCAUAAAAGUAGAUCUACGUUACUUGGAAGAAUCAUUGGAGAGCUCGGGGAAAAGAAGAAACAACAUAUUUAAUCCAAGAACACAAUUUGUAUUUAUUUUUUAACUGUUUCUCUUUUCUUUUUGCAUUUUAAGUCUCAGUAAUGUGAAUUUGCAGGUGGAUAAACGCCUAUAACUAGUACUGUAUCUGAUUUAACUUCUGGGUUGUUGUUUUGUUUUUG